AUGCGCUUUGUUGGAGAGCUGGGAGUUGUGAAGGAUUUCAAAAUGGUGAAGAACAGGAUUGUAGCCAAAACCUGGUUGAAAUAUUGUCUCUUGUCCUGUGUUAUGAUUAUUCCACUGCAUAAAUGCCAAUCAUUGGCAAUUCACAGGGAAUACACUCUUCCAAUGGGGACUGCCCUCACUGGAAAUCAGACCCUGGUCUCAAAAAAUGGCACGUUUGCAUUGGGAUUUUUCAGUCCCAACAACACUAAUAACUGGUAUAUUGGCAUCUGGUAUGCCAAAGUCUCUGAGAAAACUAUUGUUUGGGUGGCUAACCGCGAAAAUCCUCUGAGAAACAUGCCCGGCGUUUUCAAUUUAUCCACAGAUGGUUGUCUUCGACUGUUUGAUUUACAUGGACGAUCAAUUUGGUCGUCCAACAACACUUUGAAGGCGUCCCGGGCAUCAAUAUUGGAAUCAGGAAAUUUGGUUAUGUUGAGAACAAGGCCCGGCAAUAUUUCUGAAAUUGUUUGGGAAAGUUUCCUACAUCCGGUAGAUACAUGGCUGCCGAGGAUGAAGAUGUGGAAAGGAAUGAAACUCACUUCUUGGAAGAGUUCUUCUGAUCCGGCACCUGGACCUUUCUCUUUCCAAAUGGAUCCUUCACCAGGAAAGACUCAGUUACUGCUUAUCUCUCACGACAGUAGUCAGUACGCAUCUAGCGGAGAGUGGAAUGGAGAGUAUUUCGCAAAUAUGCCAGGAUAUGCCUUGGCGGCCUCUUAUCUUAAAAUAGAGUUUAUAAUUAUCUCUCCUUCAACAAUGUACUGCUCAUCUAAAAUUAGCAAUAUGAUGGGACACGUAGUUUUGGGAACAAAUGGGGUAUUGCGGGGCUACUAUUUGAGCCAAAAUGGUGCAUGGAUUCUGGAUGGGUUUGCACCCAGGGAUCAAUGCAAUGUUUAUGAUGUGUGUGGGGCUAAUGCAGCAUGCAAUGGCUAUGCUAAGUUGAGUAAUCAUGUCGAAGGCAAUGCCAAUGAUACGUGCACAUGUUUGCAGGGGUUCAGGCCCAAAAACAACCAUGCUUGGGGUUCUCAAGAAUACUGGUUAAGUGGUUGUGUUCGCCGAAGUCUAUUGCAGUGCUCACUCUCAAAUUCUACGGACGGUUUUUUGGAAGUGAAGGACAAGCACUUGGCCGAUGAUAAAGCUAUUCCAUAUAGCAACGAGCGAACUCUGAAUGAUUGCCAACUUGCCUGCCUCAACAACUGCUCGUGCACGGCCUUUUGGCUCAGUAGCUCAUCUCCUCCUCUGUGUCGAUUGUGGUUUGGAGAUUUGAUGAACUUGCGCGACUCCCCCGGCGGCCAGUCAUUCUAUAUCCGUUUGGCAGCUUCUGAGUUACAAGGUUCGACAUCUAAGACAAAAAGUAAAUCCUUUGACCUUCACAUUUUGCUUCCUGUGGGCGCUACGGGUCUUGUUCUUAUUCUUGUUCUUAUUCUUGUUCUCAUCGUGUGUAUAAUGUGGAAGCGUGGAAGAAUGCUCAAGGAGGAUGAUGUCCCCACAUCCCUCAGAACAUUCACUUUCCGAAAGUUGCAGAUUGCAACAAAGAAUUUCAGGCAAAAGCUGGGAAGCGGAUCGUUCGGCUCUGUGUUCAAAGGAACUCUGCCAGACAAUACUCUGGUUGCUGUCAAGGAAUUAAAGAGUUCAGCCCAAGCAGAAAAGCAAUUCCGUGCAGAAAUAAGUACCAUUGGUAACAUACAUCAUGUGAAUCUGGUCAGGCUGUUGGGAUUUUGUGCAGAGAGAUCUCGAAGGUUACUCGUUUAUGAGUACAUGCCCUACGGCUCUCUUGAAUCCUUCCUGUUCCGCGGGAACGACGGAGAAGAGCCAGGGAAGUUGUUGAACUGGAAAAGCAGAUUUCAGAUAGCGUUGGGCACUGCACGAGGAUUAGCAUAUCUCCAUGAGGAAUGCAGAGAUCGCAUCAUCCACUGUGAUAUUAAGCCAGAAAACAUUCUCCUGGACGCUGAGUUUUGUCCCAAAGUAGCUGAUUUUGGGCUGGCAAAGCUGGUGGGUAGAGAUUUCAGCCGUGUACUGACCACCACGAGGGGAACGAUAGGUUAUUUGGCUCCAGAGUGGAUCUCCGGUCUUCCCAUCACUCCCAAGGCGGACGUAUAUAGUUUUGGCAUUACACUUCUGGAGAUUAUAUCAGGACGAAGGAAUAUCGACCUCAAUGCGCUCGAGCCGAGCUCCUAUCUCUUCCCUCCCUGGGCUGCCGAUCAAUUCCACAGAGGAAACCUCAUGGGUAUUGUUGAUGGGAGGAUUUCAGGUGAGGCAGAUGCUCAAGAGGUGAGAAGGGCUAUUGCAGCAAGCAUAUUAUGCAUUCAAGAAGAAGAGAAUGUUAGGCCAACCAUGGCUCAAGUCGUGCAAAUACUCGAAGGGACAGUGGACACCACCGCACUGCAAAAUCAGGCAUCUCUCGACAAUCUUCCCGAUCACCAUGGAGGUGAGCAAGAUGGCGAUCUUAUUUAA